AUGUAUCGAAAUAUUCCUUCGAAAUCUGGGUGCUUUCAAAGACAUUCCCUUAUCAAGCGCUACCUUAGAAAUCGUUCGGAUACUUUUCUCAGACACGCAAGUAAAACUUUGUUUGUCUAUCUAUCUAUCUAUCUAUCUCUAUCUAUCUAUCUAUCUGAGAUGAGAUUCUUUGUUCAUAUCUAUCUAUCUAUCCUUGCUCGUGAUUGUCAUUGGAUACUGGCUGUCGAUACUUCGAGAGUGCAGUUAUCUAUCUAUCUAUCUAUCUAUCUAUCUAUCUAUCUAUCUAUCUAUCUGUUUAACUAUCUAGCCGAUUCUGUUCAUUAUCUAUCUAUCUAUCUAUCUAUCUAUGCGAUUCUGUUCAUAUCUAUCUAUCUAUCUAUCUAUCUAUCUAUCUAUAUAUAUAUAUAUAUGCGAUUCUGUUCAUAUCUAUCUAUCUAUCUAUCUGAUUCUGUUCAUUAUCUAUCUAUCUAUCUAUCUCUCUAUCUAUCUAUCUAUGCGAUUCUGUUCAUAUCUAUCUAUCUAUCUAUCUAUCUAUCUAUCUAUCUAUCCGAUUCUUUUCUUUUCAUAUCUAUCAUCUAUCUAUCUAUCUGUUCAUAUCUAUCUAUCUAUCUAUCUAUCUAUCUAUCUAUCUAUCUAUCAAUCCGAUUCUGUUCAUUAUCUAUCUAUCUAUCUAUCUAUCUAUCUAUCUAUCUAUCUAUCUAUCCGAUUCUUUUCAUUAUCUAUCUAUCUAUCUAUCCGAUUCUUUUCAUAUCUAUCUAUCUAUCUAUCUAUCUAUGCGAUUCUGUUCAUAUCUAUCUAUCUAUCUAUCUAUCUAUCCGAUUCUUUUCAUAUCUAUCUAUCUAUCUAUCUAUCUAUCUAUCUAUCUAUAAUAGUUGGUACCGGCAAAAGGCCAGACAGCGGCUAUCUACUGCCUCUCUUUUAAUGGCCGCCACUACAUCCCGGUCAUCUGGUGAAGAUUGCUUUUCUGGCCGUUCGCCGAGUAGACGUUUCCCGAUUUUUUCUUCCCCACCGUUUCAAUACAGACUACAACAUUCCCAACUCAACGACAUUUUUUUUUCUAUUCUUCAUUUUGUACAUCCAUAUCUAUCUAUCUAUCUAUCUAUCUAUCUAUCUAUUAAUAUCUAUGUAUUUAUCUUUGCACUCUUAAUAUCUGUGUAUCCAUCUAUGUCUUUGCUCACUUAA